AAAAUUGACGGCAAAUUCAGAAGUUUGACGGCAAAACAAGAAGCAUUACCGGGAAAUAUACGAAAAAUUCAGAAAAUUGACGGCAAAUUCAGAAGUUUGACGGCAAAACAAGAAGCAUUACCGGGAAAUAUACGAAAAAUUCAGAAAAUUGACGGCAAAUUCAGAAGUUUGACGGCAAAACUAGAAGCAUUACCGGAAAAUAUACGGAAAAUUCAGAAAAUUGAUGGCAAAUUCAGAAGUUUGACGGCAAAACAAGAAGCAUUACCGGGAAAUAUACGAAAAAUUCAGAAAAUUGACGGCAAAUUCAGAAGUUUGACGGCAAAACUAGAAGCAUUACCGGAAAAUAUACGAAAAAUUCAGAAAAUUGACGGCAAAUUCAGAAGUUUGACGGCAAAACUAGAAGCAUUACCGGAAAAUAUACGAAAAAUUCAGAAAAUUGAUGGCAAAUUCAGAAGUUUGACGGCAAAACAAGAAGCAUUACCGGGAAAUAUACGAAAAAUUCAGAAAAUUGACAGCAAAUUCAGAAGUUUGACGGCAAAACUAGAAGCAUUACCGGAAAAUAUACGAAAAAUUCAGAAAAUUGACGGCAAAUUCAGAAGUUUGACGGCAAAACUAGAAGCAUUACCGGAAAAUAUACGAAACAUUCAGAAAAUUGAUGGCAAAUUCAGAAGUUUGACGGCAAAACAAGAAGCAUUACCGGGAAAUAUACGAAAAAUUCAGAAAAUUGACGGCAAAUUCAGAAGUUUGACGGCAAAACUAGAAGCAUUACCGGAAAAUAUACGAAAAAUUCAGAAAAUUGAUGGCAAAUUCAGAAGUUUGACGGCAAAACAAGAAGCAUUACCGGGAAAUAUACGAAAAAUUCAGAAAAUUGACGGCAAAUUCAGAAGUUUGACGGCAAAACUAGAAGCAUUACCGGAAAAUAUACGAAAAAUUCAGAAAAUUGACGGCAAAUUCAGAAGUUUGACGGCAAAACUAGAAGCAUUACCGGAAAAUAUACGAAAAAUUCAGAAAAUUGAUGGCAAAUUCAGAAGUUUGACGGCAAAACAAGAAGCAUUACCGGGAAAUAUACGAAAAAUUCAGAAAAUUGACGGCAAAUUCAGAAGUUUGACGGCAAAACUAGAAGCAUUACCGGAAAAUAUACGGAAAAUUCAGAAAAUUGAUGGCAAAUUCAGAAGUUUGACGGCAAAACUAGAAGCAUUACCGGAAAAUAUACGGAAAAUUCAGAAAAUUGAUGGCAAAUUCAGAAGUUUGACGGCAAAACAAGAAGCAUUACCGGGAAAUAUACGAAAAAUUCAGAAAAUUGACGGCAAAUUCAGAAGUUUGACGGCAAAACUAGAAGCAUUACCGGGAAAUAUACGAAAAAUUCAGAAAAUUGACGGCAAAUUCAGAAGUUUGACGGCAAAACAAGAAGCAUUACCGGGAAAUAUACGAAAAAUUCAGAAAAUUGAUGGCAAAUUCAGAAGUUUGACGGCAAAACAAGAAGCAUUACCGGAAAAUAUACGGAAAAUUCAGAAAAUUGAUGGCAAAUUCAGAAGUUUGACGGCAAAACAAGAAGCAUUACCGGGAAAUAUACGAAAAAUUCAGAAAAUUGACGGCAAAUUCAGAAGUUUGACGGCAAAACAAGAAGCAUUACCGGGAAAUAUACGAAAAAUUCAGAAAAUUGACGGCAAAUUCAGAAGUUUGACGGCAAAACAAGAAGCAUUACCGGGAAAUAUACGAAAAAUUCAGAAAAUUGAUGGCAAAUUCAGAAGUUUGACGGCAAAACAAGAAGCAUUACCGGGAAAUAUACGAAAAAUUCAGAAAAUUGACGGCAAAUUCAGAAGUUUGACGGCAAAACUAGAAGCAUUACCGGGAAAUAUACGAAAAAUUCAGAAAAUUGACGGCAAAUUCAGAAGUUUGACGGCAAAACAAGAAGCAUUACCGGGAAAUAUACGAAAAAUUCAGAAAAUUGAUGGCAAAUUCAGAAGUUUGACGGCAAAACAAGAAGCAUUACCGGAAAAUAUACGGAAAAUUCAGAAAAUUGAUGGCAAAUUCAGAAGUUUGACGGCAAAACAAGAAGCAUUACCGGGAAAUAUACGAAAAAUUCAGAAAAUUGACGGCAAAUUCAGAAGUUUGACGGCAAAACUAGAAGCAUUACCGGAAAAUAUACGAAAAAUUCAGAAAAUUGACGGCAAAUUCAGAAGUUUGACGGCAAAACUAGAAGCAUUACCGGAAAAUAUACGAAAAAUUCAGAAAAUUGACGGCAAAUUCAGAAGUUUGACGGCAAAACAAGAAGCAUUACCGGGAAAUAUACGAAAAAUUCAGAAAAUUGACAGCAAAUUCAGAAGUUUGACGGCAAAACUAGAAGCAUUACCGGAAAAUAUACGAAAAAUUCAGAAAAUUGACGGCAAAUUCAGAAGUUUGACGGCAAAACUAGAAGCAUUACCGGAAAAUAUACGAAACAUUCAGAAAAUUGAUGGCAAAUUCAGAAGUUUGACGGCAAAACAAGAAGCAUUACCGGGAAAUAUACGAAAAAUUCAGAAAAUUGACGGCAAAUUCAGAAAAAAUGACGCUCUGAGAGAAAAUAUGAUAAUAUUAUUUCCGUGUGACCCCACUGCUAUUCGUAUCCCCAAAGGAGAUUGGAUCCAAGGACGCUACCGGGUGACUGAAGUCUUAGGGAUCGGAGCCAGGUCUACUUGUUUCCGCGUGGAAGAUCGAAAGAAUCGCAACGCGACCCAUGUCUGCAAAGUGAAGAGACUGAGAGAUGGUACUCAGGAAGCUUUCGAAACGGAGAUCGCAGCGUUGAUGAAGUGUCGUGGUUCGUCAUGUUUCCCCCAAGUCAGUGAUAGUUUCGUCAACCUUUCCCAUCGUGUCAUUGUUCUAUCGUUCGAAGGCGAAACUAUCGGAGACGUUUUGAAAAGAAACAGGAACAUGCGAUUCAGCAACUCCAACAACCUUCGUAUCUCUUCACAGCUGACCGGCGCACUAAGUUUUCUACAUAGUACUGGCUACCUCCACCGAAACCUGACCAAAGACAUCAUAUUGUUGAAGAGAUCUACGAAUCACGUGCUCGUGUCACUUGUUGAUCUAGGGAAGGUAUCGUUGACAACUACUCGUGAAAAGUGCGAGUUUAGCUCGUACUGGACCUCCUACCAUGUCGCUUCCGGGAAACAUUUCGCGGAACGCGACGACUACAUAUCUUCGAUGUAUUUGAUAGGAGAACUAGCUGGUUUCAGGUUAAUCGAUUUCAUUGAUCACGAUUUAGACGAGUUCAAAAAAAUAUUCCACUCCCGUCCCACUUCUUUUUUCAAAGAACCCGAAAAAUGGAUUGGCAGAAUUGUCGAGUAUGUUGACGUUAUGCCUUGUGAAGGAACGAAAAUCAAUAUGAACGAGAUGUUCCUACUUUACGCAACAGCUAUUGAUAACGUUUCUCCCCAUUCACCAAUCGCCUACAAAACAGUCAACAACGCCAUAAAAGUGCAAUAA